AUGAGCACCGUUGCCAUCGGUCGGUUGAGCUCGGACGAGAAGCGCUCCUUGUUGAAACGCUUGCUCGAGGAGCGCGGGAGCAAGCCGCGUCGUCAUCCCCUGUCCUUUGCCCAACAGAGACUGUGGUUUCUCUCGCAGCUCGACCCCGAGAGCUCGGAUUACACCAUUCUCUACGCCAUACGUCUGAUAGAGCCCGGGGGGACGCUAGAUCCCCACAUCAUGGAACGGGCCCUCGCGGAGCUAGCUCUACGCCACGAGAUCCUGCGCACUACUUUUGAGCCAACGGAGUCCUCCACAGACUCUCCGGGCGGGGCCUGGCAAGUCGUGCGUCCCCAGGUGAGCUUCGAAGUUUCCGUGCUGUGCCUGCACGGAUUGCCAGACAAAGAGCUCGACGAGGCUGUAGAUCGAGCCGCCAGAGAGUUCGCCAGCCGGCCAUUCGACCUCAGACAGGGGCCUCUGCUCAGGCUGAUGCUGAUCGAUCGCGAUGCGGACGUCUGGGUGAUACUGCUGGCCGUUCACCACAUUAUUGGAGACAACCAAUCCCUGCAGGUGAUCUCCGAUCAACUCACCGGAAUCUACCGAGCGUUGGCCAACGGUACCCCCCUGCUGGAGACACGACCUGGCCCUAGCUAUGGUGACUUCGCCCGCUGGCAGCGCAAGCGAUUUGGCGGAGAGCAGGAACAGCGGCAGGUCACCUAUUGGACCGAGCGCCUGGAAGCUCUGCCGAACCUGGAGCUACCGACAGACUACGCCCGACCCACUCGGCCCUCGGUGGCGGGCGGGCGGGUUGGGUUGGAGCUCGACGAGGAGGUCUCCGCACGGCUAGACCACCUACGUCGGCGUAUGGGGGUGACGACCUUCAUGCUGACCCUGACUGGCUUCUAUGUCUUGCUGCAUCGUUACUCCGGUCAGAAUGAUCUGAUUGUCGGCACGCCGAUCAGCGGGCGCCACAGGCCAGAGGUUCGGGAUUCCAUCGGUCUAUUCCUGAACCUCCUGGUGCUCCGUCUCUCGACCGCGGGAGAUCCGACUUUCUUGCAGCUUCUGGAUCAGGUCAAAGAGGUCGCCGUCGGCGCAUUUGAGCACCAGGAUGUGCCGUUCGAGCAAUUGGUGGAGGAAUUGCACCCGCGGCGGGAUCCGAGUCGUCAUCCGCUGUUCCAGGUGAUGUUCCUGUUCCUACAGGAGUUGGAGAUGCCAGAGGAUCUGGGCAUGGAGCCUCAGCAGCUCAGUGGCCAGACCUCGAAAUUCGACCUCACCCACUUGGUAAUCGAGGAGCCGGAGCGUCUGUUCUUGAUCUUCGAAUACAAGACCGACCUCUUCGAGCGCGGGACCAUCGAGCGGAUGGCCGGCCACAUGCGGCGACUGCUGGAGCAGAUCGCGGAGGAUCCCGACCUGCCCUUGUCCCGGUUCAAGUUGCUCGGGAAGGAGGAGGAAGAGAGGAUUCUGCAGGCGUGGAACGACACGGCGGCGGAGUGGCCCCGAGCAGCGGCCACCGUGCCCGAGCUGUUUCGUGCCGCGGUGAGGCGCUGUGCCGAUCAGGAAGCCUUGGUUUAUCGCGGCGAAGGGGAGGAGGAGUGCCUGAGCUACAGUGCUCUGGCCGAUCGCGUCCACUCUUGCGCCCUGGCCUUGGUGGCCGAAGGGGUGGGCACGGAUCGGACGGUGGGGGUGUUCAUGCGGCGUUCCGUCGAGCUGGUGGUCGCGUUGCUCGCCGUCCUCAAAGCUGGGGGGCACUACCUGCCCCUCGAUCCCGAUUUGCCAGACGAGCGCAUCCACUACAUGGUGAAGGAUGCCCGGCCACGAUUGAUCUUGUACCAGGAAGGCUUGGAGGAUCGGGCACUGAGCCUCUCCAGGCCUGCCCGCGGGCUGGCCGUCAUGACCCUCACCCCCCGCGCGGUGACCCCCGAACGCACAGGGGCUUCGCCGAUGCCGGCGAUCAUGCCCGAGAGCCUGGCCUACACGAUCUAUACCUCAGGCUCCACCGGUCGACCCAAGGGAGUGAUGAACAGCCAUGCGGCGUUGCGCAACAGGCUCCUGUGGAUGCAGGAGACCUACGCGGUCGGCUCCGGGGAUCGGGUCCUCCAGAAGACUCCCUUUGGCUUCGACGUGUCGGUGUGGGAAUUCUUCUUGCCGUUGAUCUCCGGCGCUACCUUGGUGAUCGUUCGCCCUGGCGGUCAUCGGGACCCUGCUUAUCUCGGGCGCAGCAUCGCGGCGGAUUCCAUUACCUUGAUUCACUUCGUGCCCUCGAUGUUGCAAGCUUUCCUCGAAGCGCCGGGGCUCGAGAAAUUGGACGGCUUGCGGCAGGUGAUCGCAAGUGGCGAGGCUCUGCCAGCGGCCUUGGUGCGACGCUUUUACCAACGCCUACCCCCGACGGUCGGUCUAGACAACCUCUACGGGCCGACUGAGGCUGCCAUCGACGUCUCUCGUUUCGCUUGCCCGUCGGUGGAUCUGCCGACCCAGAUUCCCCUGGGGGCUCCGGUGUCGAACACCGUGCUACACGUGCUCGAUCGGAAGCUGCGCCCGGUGGCUCUCGGGAUUGCUGGAGAGUUACACAUCGGUGGCGUUCAGUUAGCUCGUGGAUAUGGGCACCGCCCGGGCCUCAGCGCGGCGCGAUUCGUUCCCGAUCCCUGGGCCAGUCGCGGAGGUUCCCGCCUGUACAAAACUCGAGAUCGGGCUCGGCGUCGGGCCGACGGCUCGCUCGAAUUUCUCGGACGGCUCGAUCAUCAGGUCAAGGUGAGGGGUCACCGCAUCGAGUUGGGGGAGAUCGAGGCGACCUUGAUGGUCCUAGAAGGGGUGCGUGAGGCGACGGUCCUGCUGAGGAAAGAUCUGCCCGGAGGCGAAGAAGGCUUGGUGGCCUAUCUAACGUUCGAGGACGGGGCGGAUCUCGAUCUCGACCGAAUUCGAGACCGCCUGACCGAGAGCCUUCCUGGUUACAUGGUACCGGUAGCCUUCGUCGCCUUGGAGCGGCUUCCCCUCACGUCCAAUGGCAAGGUCGAUCGCGAGGCGUUGAGGCCACCGGCGGACAGUGGGCUGGAACGAGCCCAAUACGAGGCCCCGAGGACGCCCACGGAGGAGCUCUUGGCCAACAUCUGGGCCGACCUUCUCGACCUCGAACGCCCGGGCCGCCGCGAUGAUUUCUUCCGCCUCGGAGGCCAUUCUCUGCUCGCUGGAAGGGUAGCGGCUCGUCUCACCGACGCGCUGGGGGUCGAGCCUCCACUGCGCUUGUUCUUCGACCACUCAGUAUUGACGGAGACGGCUUCUGCCCUGGAUAGCUUUCACCGUAUGGCUGCCGACUUGCCAAUGCCACCACCUCUCGAGGCGCUGGAGAAACCGGCCGCGGGAGUGGUCUGGGAGCGGCCGGUCUCUUUCGGUCAGGAACGGCUGUGGUUCUUAGAUCGCUUGGAACCGGGACUUACGGCCUACAACAUGCCGAUGGCCCUGUGUCUCGAGGGAACUCUCGAUCCCCUAGCCUUGGAGAAAGCGCUGAACGCGGUCGUCGAUCGGCAUGAAAUCCUACGAACCCGCUUCGUAGAAAGGGCUGGGGUCUGCGUCCAGCAGAUACUGCCGGCGAUGCCCCUCGACCUGAAUUUCGAGGACUUGAGGGGAGAGGAAGAUGCCGAGGCGGUGGCCGAAGCGCGGAUGACGGACGAGGCGGUGGGCCUCUUCGAUUUAGCGCGGGGCCCGUUGAUCCGGGCGAGCCUAUUUCAGUUGGGCGAAGGUUUCUGGCGCCUGGCUGUCACCUUGCACCACAUCGUGGCCGAUGGGUGGUCCUUGGCACUACUCCUGCGCGACGUGCGUGAACUCUAUCGUGAGGAGACCACAAGCGAGCCGGCGAAUCUACCCCGGUUGCUCGUCCAGUACGGAGACUACGCGGCCUGGCAGCGGGAUUGGCUGGUGGGCGACGCUCUCGAUCGCCAGCUCGCUUAUUGGCGGGGGCGCCAGGCGGAGGCUCCGAGCUUGCUGGAGCUACCGACCGACCGGCCGCGACCGGCCCGGCAGAGUUUCCGCGGCGAUGCCGUGCCCAUACGCCUGGGGCCAGGCCUCUCCCAGCAGGUAGCCCAGUUCUGUCGAGGGCCUCCUGUUGGGGCGCUUGGCCGGCCAGCGGAUCUGGUGGUCGGCUCGCCGGUCGCGGGCCGGCCGCGAGUCGAGCUCGAAGGUUUGGUGGGAUUCUUCGUCAACGUUUUGCCCUUGCGCGUGGAUCUGUCUGGAAAUCCGAGCUUCGGAAGCCUGUUGGAACAGGUCCGUGGGAGCGUGCUCGAAGCUUUUUCCCAUCAGCAGGUGCCGUUCGAGAAAUUGGUGGACGAUCUGGAAGUUCCUCGUCGGCUCGGCCACGCACCGGUCUUUCAAGCCAUGUUCGUCCUGCAGCAAUAUGUGGUCGGCGAUUCUCUCGAUCUGCCAGAGCUAGAGAUCCAGCCGGAAAGUCGCCUCCAGCAAUCGACGAAGCUCGACCUCACCCUGUCCUUGGAAGAAGGCCCGGACGGGACUUUGGGGGGUUCUCUCGAAUAUGCCACCGACCUCUUCGAUCGGUCGACGGCCGAGCGGAUGGCGCGGUGCUACCUACACCUUCUGGACGGUCUUCUUUCGCGGCCGGAGGCUGGUGUCUUCGACCUUGCCCUCGCCGACACCGCGGAGCUGCAGUCGGUCCUCGACUUCGGUCGUCGUCAGGAGUCUGCGGGCGAGGUGCACAGCCUGUGGGAGUUGGUAGAGGGGCAUGCUCGGUCCCAUCCCGACUCGGUGGCCUUGAUCUUCGAGGGUCAGAGAUUUUCCUAUGCCGAGCUGGUGGCCUCGAGCCGCCGGCUAGCGGCCCGUCUUCGCCGCCGGGGAGUGAGGGCCGAGACGGUGGUGGGCCUUGCCUUGGAUCGUCGUCCCGAGCGGGUGGUGGGGAUGUUGGCAGUACACGCCGCGGGAGGCGCGUUCCUGCCCUUGGACCCCUCCUAUCCGCCCGAGCGUUUGCUCUACAUGGCGGAGGACUCGUCCGUGCGCUGGGUCUUGACCCGUCGGGAGCUGCGGGCGUCGCUGCCGGUCUUCGAGGGUGCGGAGCUGCUCGACGUGGAGCUGUUCGAUGGGGGCCCUCUCGAAGGAGACCGGGGGAAGAGUGGGGCAGCCGAGUUGAUGCCCGAGGAGCUAGACCUGCUCGGGCGGGGUGCCCGGCCGGACCUUGCGAGCCUGGCCUAUGUGAUCUACACCUCGGGAUCCACCGGUCGGCCGAAAGGGACUCUGCUGAGCCACGAGGGCCUGUCGAACCUGCUCUCGGCGAUGGAGGGGGUCUUCAGACUGGGCCGUGAGGCUCGAGUUCUACAAUUGGCCUCUUUGGGUUUUGACGCGUCGGUCUUCGAGAUCGGCGCGGCUCUCGGUGUGGGUGCGAGCCUGGUGCUGGCCCGGAGCGCCGACCUGCUUCCCGGCCCGGGCCUGUUGGAGCUUCUGGAGCGGCAGCGGGUGAGCUUCCUAGUGAUCUCUCCAUCGGUGUUGGCGGAGCUGCCAUCGGGGGAGUUGCCGGAGUUGGCCCAGGUCCUCUCGGCUGGUGAGCCCCUUCCGCCCUCCCUGGUGGAUCGUUGGGCGUCGGGUCGGGUGUUGUGGAACGGCUAUGGUCCCACGGAAUCGACGGUGUGGUCGUCGGUGGCCCAGGUAUUGCCCGGCGAGGUGGUAACGGUGGGCGGGCCGGUGGCGAACGUGGAGCUGCGGGUGGUGGACGAGGGCCUGGUACCGGUGCCGAUCGGCGUUCCGGGCGAGUUGUUGGUGGGGGGAGUCUCGUUGGCGCGAGGUUAUCUUUCGCGCCCUGGGCUGACGGCGGAGCGAUUCGUGCCGGACGGGUCGUCGAAGGUGCCGGGCUCGAGGAUGUAUCGCAGCGGAGAUCUGGUGCGAUGGUUAGCGGGUGGCCAUCUAGAUUUCCUAGGGCGGCGGGACCAACAGGUGAAGCUGCGCGGUUUCCGGAUCGAGCUGGGGGAAGUCGAAGCCCGCUUGGAGGAGCUCGAAGGGGUUGAGCAGGCGGUGGCCGUGGUCUUUGAAGACGCGGCUUUGAAAGAUGAAGUCUUGGACGGCGUGGCCUCGGAAGACGCCGCCACGAAAAACGCGGGGGCCUCCCCUGUCAACCGGGCUCUCUGUGCUUAUGUGCGCGGCGUCCCGAGUUUGGUCGGCGCGGAGCUGCGUCGGCGCCUGCGAUCGGUGCUGCCGGAGCACAUGCUCCCAGCUAGGGUGAUGGUCUUGGAGUCCUUCCCGAAGAGUGUGAGCGGCAAGGUGGACCGUGGCUCGCUACCGCGUCCGGAGUUGCAGACCCACGCAGAGUACGUGGCGCCGCGCAACCCACGGGAGGAGAUCCUGGGAGCGGUCUGGGAAGAUCUGCUGGGGGUGGAGCGGGUCGGGGUCCUAGACAAUUACUUCGACCUCGGGGGGCAUUCCUUGCUGGCGGCGCGUCUGGCCUCGCGCAUCCGCGACCUCUUCGGCGUGGAGAUGCCGCUGAGGGUGCUCUUCGAGGGACCCACUCUGGCCGAGGUCGCGGCCUGGCUGGAGCAUGCUUCCGGGGUCAGUCUUCCCAGCAUCGAAGGACUUGCCGAGCCGGCCGAUGCCGCGGGGGUGCGGCGUCACCCGCUCUCUUUCGCCCAACAGAGGCUGUGGUUUCUGGAGCAGAUGGCCCCCGGUACCCGUACUUACCACCUCCCUUUGGCCAUCAGGCUAUCGGGCCAGCUCGACCGUCGGGCGCUCGUCUUUGCCCUGGAUACCGUAGCCGGUCGUCACGAGAGCCUCCGGACCACCUUCGAGACUCGAGACGGUACCCCGUCGGCGGUGGUCAGGGCCCGAGAUUCGGGCUGGCCCGAUUUUCAGGCCCUAGACUUCUCGGCAUUGGAGCCUGAAUGCCAGCGGGCAGAGGAACAUCGGCUACUGGCGAACGAGCGCCUCUUCGAUCUCGAAGGCGGAAGUCUCGCCCGUGGGCGUUUGUUGAUCUUCGGCCCCGAAGAGUCGGUGUUGGCACUGGUCCUCCACCACGCGAUCACCGAUGGUUGGUCGAUGUCACUGCUGAUCGACGAGCUUGCCGUUGCUUAUAGCUCGGCCAUCGCGGGAGUCGUGCCAGAGCUCCCAUCCCUGGGAGUGCAGUACGGCGACUACGCCGUCUGGCAGCGCGAGUUGUUCGAGGAAGGGGCGCUCGAGGACCCUCUGGAUUACUGGCGUCAGACCUUGGACUCGGCACCAAAGCUGCUGGAGCUACCAACUGACCGGCCGCGGCCGACCUUGCAGGGGUUCCGUGGGGAUGCGGUUCCCUUCCACUGGUCCGCUACGCUGGAUGAAGAUCUUCAGACCUUCUGCCGGCAGCAGGGAGUGACCCCGUUCAUGGUGUUGCUGGCCGCUUUCCAGGUGCUGCUCGGGCGCUGGGCUCGGAGUCGAGAUGUGAUCGUGGGCUCUCCCAUCGCCGGUCGUUCUCGUACCGAGGUAGAAGGCCUGGUGGGCUUCUUUAUCAACACUCUGGUCUUGCGAACGGAUCUAUCCGGCGACCAGUCUUUCCGCGAUCUCCUGCACCGGGUGAGGGAGACCGCUCUCGGUGCAUUCGCUCACCAGGAUGUACCUUUCGAAAGGUUGGUGGAAGAGCUGGAACCCAGUCGCGACCUGGGACACCCACCCUUGGUGCAGGUGGUGUUCUCGUACCUUGCCGAUCCGUUACCUUCCCCCGAGCUGCCUGGAUUGCAGGCUUCCCUCGUCGAGCCAGAGGGCAGUACCGCCAAGUUCGAUCUAACCCUGACAGUGGAGCGUCGAGCGGAAGGGCUGUUCAAUGCCUUGGCGUACUCCACCGAUCUCUUUGAUCGUGCCACCGUGGAGGAACUUGCCAGGCAACUCGGAAGGCUGGUGAAGGUCGCGAUCACCCGGCCGGAGACCCGUAUCGACGACCUCUUUCAGCUAGAGGGAACCGAGCUACGAGCUUUGUUGCAGCUUGGCCGCGGGUGGCCUCAGCCAGUGGAAGGCCCAUCACUGAUCGAGCGCGUCUCCCGUUUGGCCGAGGAACGGGGCGAUGCGGUGGCCCUGACCGAGCCCGGUGGGGCUAGCCUCAGCUAUGGAGAGUGGGUCAUCCGUUCUCGUCGAGUGGCGCGACUGCUGGCCCAGCAGGGCAUUGGAAUCGAGGAUCGGGUGGGGAUUCUCUUGCCACGGGGGCUCGAUCUGGCGGUGGCCUAUCUCGCCGCCCUCGAAGCGGGAGCCGCCUACUUACCGCUGGAUCCGGCCCUGCCGGUGGAUCGAUUGAGGAUCAUGGUGGCCGAUUCCGGGGCCAGCUUGGUGAUCUGCGAUCAGGGAUUGAAGAGCAGGCUCCCCAAAGACUUCCCGGUUUUGUCGAUCGACGAUCUAGGAUCGGACCUGGAGAGCCUUCCCGCAACGCCCAUGGCUAGACCCUUGCCGCCUGAACGGCUCGCUUACCUGAUCUACACCUCCGGUUCGACCGGGGCUCCCAAGGGCGUGGGCGUGGAGUACCGGGCCCUGGACGACCUGGUGGCCUGGUUUUGCCGCGCUUAUGAAGUUGGCCCGGAGGACCGGUUCUCGUGCCUGGCGGGUCUCGGCUUCGACGCUCUAGUCUUCGAGCUCUGGCCUCCCCUCGCCAUGGGCGCGCGAGUGGAUUUCCUGGCCGACGAGGUGCGUCUGGACCCAAGGGCUUUGUGGGAGAACUUCCAGAGGCUCGGUACCACCGUGGCCUUCCUUCCCACCCCGGUACUGGAGGUGGUCCUGGGCUCGUAUCGAGCGCCUGGAGCGGGACCGCGAAUCCUGGUGACCGGAGGCGAUCGCCUGGUUCGUAGGCCCGAAGGGCAAGAAACUUUCAAGGUGUUCAACAACUAUGGGCCAACGGAAGCGACCGUCGUCGCCACUUGGGGUGAGGUGGAGCCAAGGACCGAGACCUCGCGGCCGCCGACCAUCGGUCGCAGCGUCGAUCGCGGGUUGACGAUGGUCCUAGACUCUCAGCUCUGGCCCGUGCAGGAGGGGGUGCCGGGAGAACUCUAUCUUGGUGGGGGUGGGUUGGCUCGUGGGUAUUUCGGCCAGCCCGCUCUCAGCGCCCAGAGCUACCUUCCUUGCCUCUGGGCGGACGAGGCUGGGGCUCGCAUGUACCGUACCGGAGAUCUGGCGCGCUGGCUGUUGACGGGAGAGCUCGAGUUCCUGGGGCGUUCGGAUCGGCAGGUCCAGGUGCGAGGAGCCCGGGUCGAACUGGGUGAGAUCGAGGCCGUUCUCGCGGGCUGUCCCCACCUCGGCGGAGGGGCCUCGGUGGCCGUAGUCGCUCCGGUGCUCGACUCCGGUGAGGUUUGCCUGGUCGCUUGCCUCGGAGGAGUCGAGGGCAAAGUCAAAUCGGCCCUGGUCGAGUAUCUGCACCAGCGUCUGCCUGCCUACAUGGUUCCCACGGUUUGGGAGUUCUACGAUCUCUUGCCGCUCAAUCGGAGUGGAAAAGUCGACCGUCAGCUUUUGGCCCAGACUGUGUCGCUGGACUCGAGCAACACUCGUGCUCCGCAGGGCGCCUGGGAGCGUGCGGUUGUCGAAGCCUUCUCAGAGGUUCUGGGGCUGGCGGAGGCGAGUGUGAGCGCUGAAACCGACUUCUUCUCCGCGGCGGCCAUUCGCUUCUGGCCACCCGAGUGGUAG